CCCUCCUGGUUCUGGACGCUUAAAUCCAAAACCCUAAAGGCUCAACUGUAACGUCUCGCAACUUCCAACUCGGAGACAUUCUUUCUCUAGUCUAAACCAAAGCGAAACGGCUUCAGCGAUCACUACAGGUAAAAUCACUGGAACCCUUGAGUUGGAAAAAAAUCAAUUCCAAUAUAAAUAUCUAUAGAGACAACUAGGAUGGUGUUUGGGCAAGUUGUGAUUGGUCCACCUGGAUCAGGAAAGACUACUUACUGCAAUGGCAUGUCCCAGUUCCUUAAACUUAUUGGAAGAAAAGUUGCUGUAAUCAAUUUGGAUCCAGCCAAUGAUUCAUUACCUUAUGAGUGUGCUGUAAAUAUUGAGGAUCUCAUAAAACUAGGUGAUGUGAUGACAGAACACUCUUUGGGGCCUAAUGGAGGUCUUGUCUACUGUAUGGAUUAUUUAGAGAAAAAUAUUGAUUGGUUGCAGUCUAAACUGGAACCUCUUUUGAAAGAACACUAUCUUCUUUUCGAUUUUCCGGGGCAGGUUGAACUAUUUUUCCUUCACUCAAAUGCCAAGAAUGUUGUCAUGAAGCUCAUUAAAAAGUUGGAUCUUAGGUUGACGGCUGUACAUUUAGUUGAUGCUCACCUAUGCAGUGACCCUGGGAAGUAUGUUAGUGCCUUGCUUCUCUCAUUAUCUACCAUGUUGCACUUGGAGCUGCCACACAUCAACGUGCUCUCUAAGAUUGACCUAAUUGAAAACUAUGGAAAGCUGGCGUUCAAUCUGGAUUUCUAUACGGAUGUUCAAGAUUUAUCAUAUUUACAGCACCAUCUUGAUCAGGAUCCCCGCUCUGCUAAGUAUAGAAAACUUACAGAGGAGCUUUGCAACGUAAUUGAAGACUUCAGUCUUGUUAAUUUCACAACCUUAGAUAUUCAGGAUAAGGAGAGUGUCGGGAAUCUUGUGAAGCUUAUUGAUAAGAGCAAUGGAUACAUAUUUGCUGGUAUAGAUGCCAGUGCAGUGGAAUUCAGCAAGAUUGCAGUACGACAAGUUGAUUGGGAUUAUUACAGAGCUGCAGCGGUGCAAGAGAAGUACAUGAAGGAUGAUGAAGAUUUUGAUCAUGGUGAAGGUUGACAAUUAAUGUGCUUUUUUCCAUGUUUAUAUGUGAUUUUUAUGAACUCGGACUUGAU